GCAGUAGUUGCACAGCCCACCGCGCGGUGUAUGAAUCAUAACGCAUUGCUUUUUGCUGCGCUAGCAAAACACAAACUGCGAAGUCGAAGCACCUUUUCCGCGCAAGCCAAAAUCCUUUCUUCUUCCAGACCCUAGAGCUAGAUUGAGCCGACGUAGUACGGGUGGGUUACCACGGUGCAAUACAGAGACCGGCGAAAUGAGCGUGAUCGACAUCCUAACGCGAGUCGAUGCGAUCUGCAACAAGUACGACAAAUACGACGUCGAGAAGCAGAAGAAUCUCAAUGUCUCCGGCUCCGGGGACGACGCGUUCGCUCGCGGUUACGCCGCCGUUGACGCCGAAAUCGAAGCCGCUCUUGAGAAAGCGGAGCUUGCUUCCAAGGAGAAAAGCAAGGCGUCCACUGUAGCUCUCAAUGCCGAGCUCCGUCGGACCAAGGCGAAAUUGCUCGAGGAGGUUCCAAAGUUGCAGAGGCUUGCAAUAAAGAAGGUAAAAGGCCUUUCGACAGAAGACUUUGCAGCCCGCAAUGACUUGGUGCUUGCAUUGCCAGAUAGAAUCCAAGCUAUUCCAGACGGUUCUGCAGCUGCAGCAAAACAACCUGGAGGUUGGGGGCCCUCAGCUUCCCACACAGAAAUCAAAUUUGAUUCAGAUGGUCGGUUUGAUGAUGAAUACUUUCAAGAAUCUGAGCAGUCAAAUCAGUUUAGGCAGGAGCAUGAAACACGUAAGAGGAGGCAGGAUCAAGGUCUGGAGAUGAUUUCAGAAGGUUUGGAUACUUUGAAAAACAUGGCUCAUGACAUGAAUGAGGAACUGGACAGGCAAGUUCCUCUGGCUGAUGAAAUCGAUUCCAAGGUGGACAAGGCAGCUUCUGACCUUAAGAACACCAAUAUUAGACUUAAGCACACUGUUACUCAGUUGAGAUCCAGCAGGAAUUUCUGCAUCGAUAUUGUUUUGUUGAUCAUAAUCUUGGGCAUCGCUGCUUAUUUGUACAAUGUACUGAAGAAAUGAAACAAAGGGGUACUGUUGAUGGACUUAUCUCACGUUGUGAUAUGUUUGGCUUUCCUUUGCACUGUAAUGUACCUCAAUGACUCCGCUUGCUUGCCUUCCGUGUUUGGCUUGUCAAUCCUGUUUAUGAGUUUUCUGGCGCCAACUUGAAUGUACCUUUCUUGUGUAAAGAUCUCAGAAGUCAGUCAUAUAUGUAUUCAGUUAUCUUCUUUCCUGUUUGUCGAGCAGUAAAUUAUUUUGUGAUCUAAUUUUCCCAUAUUAUCUCUAACUUACGUCUAGUUUAAGUGAAAUGGUCUAGAAGCAGAAGCAGAAAAGCGCGAGUUCUAGAAGAGACAUAUCUUAUUAUAUGUCUCGGUGGCAGUUGAGGGUCACUAAGUUGAAUAUGAUUUCCUUAUUAGAUCACUGGGUUGAGGAUUCCUGCAUCUAGAGGUACAAUAUUUCUGACUUUGUAGUAAACCAGUGAGUGUAAUCUCAUGCCAAGCAAUCUGUACAAAAAGUAUAACUGGAGUACAUGGCAUAAAGUAUAUAACAUUUUCUUUUGAAACGAUUCUAGUGAUUCUUCAUAUGUCUCGGUUAUAUUUAGACCCUUCUCCAGCUGAGGCCACUCAUGUUGACGUUGUGAUGAAUUCAUUCCUUCUGACUGAUGAGGUCUGUAAGGAUUACUGUUCAAAUUGAUCCUAGGAAAUGCGCUGUAUAUUAUUGCCUGAUAAGAUCAACCGCAUAUUUUAUUUGCCUUUUGGAUAUUUACCAUAUCUGUGUGGGCUGUAAAAGUAUUAGAGAUAUGGUUGCUCCUCCCAGAAAAUUCUACUGUUACAAAAUUUGUAGAAAUUCUAGGACCUGACUUUUCUGCGUAGUAGUUGCUAAUGAUCUUCUGGAACAACUCUCAACAUAAAAGAGUUUUCCUUUUGUACUCGAUGAAACCUGAUUACUACAAAUUAUGUACCUUUUAUCAUGGUGGGUCCUUCUCUGGUGUCUAGUUGGUUGCUCUGAAACUUAAAGUUACGAAGCUAUUCAUAUUCUGCCUAAUGGGUUUGCUGUAGAGCACCAUCAUUAGUGUUCUAAAACUGAUCGUCUCCACAAAAGUUGAUAUCGAAGGUAUCCUCACAUAUAGAUAUCAUCGUAUCUUCGUCGAAAUCUCCAUUUUUAGGCUUCUUGCCUAGGUAAAAACUAGAAUCCUGCUGCUGAUGUUCUCUUCCAACAUCUUUGCGCUUCAGUGGGUUAAAGAAGUUAUCUAGCGAAGUAACUGAUGAGAAUUGCAGGUUCUUAUCAUCCGAAGAAUCUUCCUCAUAACCUGAAAUGCUUGACUUCUCACUGCCUUGAAAGUUUAUGCUGGAUGCUGGUUGUUUAGUGGUGCAGGAGGAAAAAUCUUGAGAUGCAAAUAUGUAAGGCAGCAUUGGGCACUCCUUGUAGAGUGGAGACCACAGUAUCAGGCAGCCUAUAUUCAUACAUGAUCCAGUCAGUCUUAAUUCCCUUAGGAGGGCGGCCUUUGUAGAAGACAAGAGCCUUCUUGACACCGACGCUUGACAUUGCAGUUGAGGUAAGAAUGGGCUUGUCUGUCCCGGUUGCCUUCCAAUAGCCUGAAGCUGCUGCCCUGUUGGGGCGGGCUCCGUUUGGGUACUUCCUGUCCCUGGGUGUGAAGAAGUACCAUUCGUCCUCUCCAAAGAGCGCCUUGCCUGAUUGUUGCAUACACGGAAAGUUAGGAAGUAGGAAGCAGAAAAGGAAAUGGAGAAGUGGGGAAUUGGCAUUCCUUUCAUAGCAGUAAGGAGGGAGGGAGGGAGUAAUAAUAAUAGCAAUACGUACUUGGUAGGUCCCAUGGGUCGUACUUGUAGAGGUCGAUCUCGGCAACAAUGGAAGCUGGUAGAGGAGCUGAUCGAAUUCUGUUGUUCAAGUACUGAACUAUGAGUUCUUCAUCGGUUGGGUAGAAUCGAAAGCCCGGGGGUAGAUGGAUGUCUGACCCGGAUUUGGUUUCCAUUAUGGGAGGGAGGUUAGAAUAGAAACAGGGUGUUUCUGUUGAGGUUUAGAAAAUGGUGGAAGGAAGGGUUUGGACUUUGGAGGGAGUUGUGUUGGAGUGAAGGUGUAUAAUAUUUAUACAAGGCGUUGGUCUCCUUCCUUGUGCCGGCACGAAAAUGGAAAAAGAAAGAGUUGUACUUGUUCUUUUUAUGAAUUGGUCCAGGGGAGGAAGGGAAGCAGAGUGGGAAGGUUUGUGGCAUUGGAAGUGACUCAAUGUUGUGGCCUAACGACAGGGUGGAUGUGGUUAGUGCGGCUCAGCCAGCCAGCCCCCUUGGGAACAAGUACAAGACAAGACGGGGGCUUGAGGAGUUGAGGUGAGCUGUUUUGUUUUCUGCGCCAUAUUAUAUUAUAUAUGCCACUAGGGUUUCCCAUCAUUUUAUUUAUCUUUUUCCCACUAUCCUAUCCUAUCCUAGUCUAGUUUAAGAUAGAAUUGAACUUAGGGGUUGUUACUGAAUACUAGUUUAGUUUAGGUCUCCCUCCCAAUCCCAUGCAUUCCGUUUAAUCACACAAUGCCUGGAUCAGGCAUCAAUUGUGGUUAAGCUCAUCUCUAGUUUUCUAUACUCGCAUGGUUGUUUGAUUUUUAACCACGUUUUAAAAUAGCAAGUCGGUUUAACCCAUCCCAUGCCC